AUGUUCUCGUCCAGCUCAACUAUGCGGUACCCUGAGACUCCGUCUACGCGGAAUCCUCUCCAAUAUAGGCCUUUGAACUCUUCGCCACUUAUCGAGUCCCCUGAGAGUCCCAAAUCAUCACCCGCCGCGGCGGCGCAAGCGCGUCGCAAGUCCCAAUUCAAGAGCCUUGGCCCAACAACACCACUCUUUUCACGCACCCGAGGCCCAUCACGGCGGAGUGCAUCUUCCUCUGCUGUAGACUCCGACCCCCAGAGAACUUUCCUACGAGACAGGCUACAGGCUCGAUGCCUUGAAAGGGCCACAAAGGCCCGCGAGAGAGCUGUUUCAAAGACGAGACAAUUUGGCUUCGGGCCCAGCAGCGACGACCAAGCCAUGGAUGACGGAGAUGAUGGCGAAGAGGAUGACGACGAUAUUAUGCAGGACGAGCUUUUCCGAAGAAUUGUGGCAAACGCCAACAGGAGAGAGAAACACUCGUACAGACUUUCUUAUGCUCAAGAAGUGGGCUCUUCUUUCGAUCCGGAACUGGAGGAUAUCAGCUCCUGGGAGGCCGAGCUAUCAGGUAUGCCCUCCGCAGAUUCCCGUGGAGGGACUAAGCCGCCCGCUUCUACCUCGGGAAACUCGAAUUUUUCGUCAUGGCCGGUGCCCGAUGAGUCUGACGAGUACUUGGUCACCCCUGAUGAUCUUGACGAAGAAGAGCUUGCAGAAUACGCCGAAGAGUAUUAUAGAAACCAGGGCGCUGUUGCCGACUUUGAAGACCUUCCCCCAGAAGAGCUUUUUGGUUGGUCAGGGCAAAUAGAUUCUGAACCGCCAUCGCCCAGCAAAGUUCCGCGUGAACUGACGGAGGACGACGGGAUGGACAUAUCUUAG